AGAUUCAGUCUUGAUAGGCGCCUGACUUCACUGUGUAAUAACCUGCUACAGCUGCUUUGUUUGGAAAUUGGUUUCCAGUGUCCGGCUGAGAAGACAACUCAAACGCCUUCGGUUUGAGAAAACCAGCUGCCAACAUGCAUGUCAUUAAACGAGAUGGACGCCAGGAGGUAGUGUUGUUUGACAAAAUCACAUCUCGCAUCCAGAAGCUUUGCUAUGGACUCAAUGCUGACUUUGUGGAUCCUGCCCAGAUCACGAUGAAGGUGAUCCAGGGUCUGUACAGUGGAGUCACCACAGUGGAGUUGGACACCCUGGCAGCAGAGACAGCUGCCACCCUCACCACUAAACAUCCCGACUAUGCAAUCCUGGCUGCACGCAUCGCUGUGUCUAACCUGCACAAAGAGACUAAGAAGGUAUUCAGCGAUGUGAUGGAAGACGUUUACCACUACGUCAACCCUUUGAAUAAACGUCACUCUCCCAUGAUCUCCAAGGAGACGCUGGACAUUAUCCUCGAAAACAAGGCUCGCCUCAACUCAGCCAUCAUUUAUGACAGAGAUUUCUCCUACAACUUUUUUGGAUUUAAGACCCUGGAGCGAUCAUAUUUGUUGAAGAUUAAUGGCAAAGUUGCUGAGAGACCCCAGCACAUGCUAAUGAGAGUGGCUGUGGGGAUUCAUAAAGGAGACAUUGAUGCAGCCAUUGAGACUUACAACUUGCUGUCAGAGAAGUGGUUCACCCAUGCCUCCCCCACACUGUUUAACGCUGGCACCAACAGGCCUCAGCUGUCCAGUUGUUUCUUGCUCACCAUGAAGGAUGACAGCAUCGAAGGCAUUUACGAAACACUGAAGCAAUGCGCCCUCAUCUCUAAAUCAGCUGGAGGUAUUGGAUUAGCAGUUAGCUGCAUCAGAGCAACAGGCAGCUAUAUUGCUGGGACUAAUGGCGUUUCAAAUGGGAUGGUUCCUAUGCUUCGAGUGUACAACAACACGGCACGUUAUGUUGACCAGGGUGGCAACAAGAGACCCGGAGCCUUUGCUGUGUACCUGGAGCCGUGGCAUUCUGACGUGUUUGACUUUUUGGAGUUGAAGAAAAACACGGGUAAAGAAGAGCAGAGGGCCAGAGAUCUGUUCUUUGCCUUGUGGAUCCCGGACCUCUUCAUGAAACGAGUGGAAAGCAAUCAGGACUGGUCUCUGAUGUGUCCCGGUGAAUGUCCUGGGCUGGAGGAGUGUUGGGGAGAGGAGUUUGAGGAGCUCUACACUCGAUAUGAGAAGGAGGGCAGGGCUAAACGUGUGGUGAAGGCUCAGCAGCUGUGGCACGCAGUCAUCGAGUCACAGACGGAAACUGGUACGCCUUACAUGCUCUACAAGGACGCCUGCAACAGGAAGAGCAACCAGCAAAAUUUGGGCACUAUAAAAUCUAGCAAUCUGUGCACUGAGAUCGUGGAGUACACAAGCAAGGAUGAGGUUGCGGUGUGUAACCUGGCAUCCCUUGCUCUCAACAUGUACGUCACUCCAGAAAAGACCUUUGACUUCAAAAAGCUUGCGUCUGUUACCAAGGUCAUUGUCAAGAACCUGAACAAGAUUAUUGACAUCAACUACUACCCGGUGCCUGAGGCUGAAAGGUCUAAUAAGCGUCACAGGCCAAUUGGAAUCGGUGUGCAGGGUCUGGCUGAUGCCUUUAUCCUCAUGCGGUAUCCAUUUGAAAGCCCAGAAGCUCAGUUACUCAACAUUCACAUCUUUGAGACCAUCUACUAUGCUGCCCUGGAGGCCAGUUGUGAACUGGCAGCAGAGCUCGGCUCCUACGAAACAUACGCUGGCUCUCCCGUCAGCAAAGGAAUCCUUCAGUAUGACAUGUGGGGGAAAACCCCAACAGAUUUGUGGGACUGGAAAGCACUGAAGGAGAAAAUUGCUAAGCAUGGUGUGAGGAACAGUCUGCUUUUGGCUCCUAUGCCCACAGCCUCUACUGCCCAGAUUCUGGGCAACAACGAGUCCAUUGAAGCAUACACUAGCAACAUCUACACCCGCAGGGUGCUCUCAGGAGAGUUUCAGAUAGUGAAUCCUCAUCUGCUGAAGGACCUCACAGAAAGAGGACUGUGGAGUGAGGAAAUGAAGAACCAGCUGAUUGCUCAGAACGGAUCCAUCCAGGAAAUUGAGGAGAUUCCUGACGACGUGAAGCAGCUGUAUAAAACUGUGUGGGAGAUUUCUCAGAGGACCGUCCUCCAGAUGGCAGCAGAUCGUGGCGCCUACAUCGACCAGAGCCAGUCUCUCAACAUUCAUAUAGCUGAGCCAAACUAUGGCAAACUGACCAGCAUGCACUUCUAUGGUUGGAAAUUGGGCUUGAAAACUGGCAUGUACUACCUGCGGACGAAGCCAGCUGCCAACCCCAUUCAGUUCACUCUGAACAAGGAGAAACUAAAGGAGGCCCAGUCAGACAGAAGUGUGGAAGAGGAGACCAAAGAACGCAACACUGCUGCCAUGGUGUGCUCCUUAGCAAACAAAGACGAAUGUCUGAUGUGUGGAUCCUAAGUGAAGUGGGCUGCCCUCAGACACACAAUCCUCCUCCAUCACCACCUUCCCCAAUGAAAAUGUACUUUCACAAACAACCAGUGCUUCUUUUUUGUGUGUUCCUAUAUGAUCUUGUGACGAGUGUUUACAUAUUCCUCUAAAAGCACAAAUCUUUACAGGUAUUAUUUAAUUUGUACUGGAUUUUUAUCAUGAGGUGUGUGUUGUAUGCAUGUUUUGUAUAGCAAUGAUAGGGUUUAAUGAAUUGGUUUUUGCUCUUUGUUUUAUUUUAUACAGUUUUGUAACAUGUAGCUGAAAUAACUGAAUGGUUUGUAUUUUUUCAAUAUAUGAAAUUAAACGUAAUGUAGAGGUCUUUCAUCAAGUCUCACUGUUUAAUAGAUUGUCAAGAAUAUGUCAAUCUUGUGUUUGAGAAUAUACAAUAAAAAGUGUUUUUAACAUGG